GAAUUAUCUUGUAGAUUAUUCUGCUUACCUUAAGAUGUGGAUAUGCCAAAUAAGGCAGUCCUCUAUGAUCCGCUUAUUACAAAGGCCCUACUCGGAAAAUAUCACAAGGAUACAAUUAAGGAGUAUAUUUGUUGGUUACCUUAAAAUCUUGAAUAAAAAGACCAGAAGAGAUACUAGAGAUGAAACAAGUCGAAGGAAUAUUUUGAAUAGAGAAAUCCAAGAAUGUCUAAAUAUUUUUGAUAAGGGAUCUGACACUCGUCUCGGCCUAGAUGAUGUGAGGAAUGGCCCAGAUGUAUUGCAACAGUUUAUCUUCACAAAAACAAGACCUUAUGUGGAACUCAAAGAUAUAGAGAUUCUAUAUAUGACUUCAGAAGGUGAGGGUUUAGGCGUGGUUCCUAAAAUUAAGUACAUUGACUUCAAGUCAGGGGAGAACGGUGAAUUUUCUGUGGUAAAAAUUCCAAAAACUGUUCCCGGAGAUAUUGUGACAGCAAGAUUACUCAUGCACCAGCAUAACCAUGUAGAGGGUUUAUUAGUAAAGGUCCAGAACGAGGGAUCAAGAAAUAGCAUACGUAACAACAGAUACAUAGUGUGCAACAAAUUCAAUGAGUGUACUGGUUGCAACUUUCAGAUGCUAAGUUACGACGAUCAACUUAAUUUGAAACAAAAAACAAUUCAGAAAGCUUUCCGGUAUUUCUAUCCAAAGAUAUUUGAUUCCAUACCAAUGAACAAUUUCGGAGUGGUGUCCCCCUCUCCUGUGGAAUAUUCUUACAGAACUAAGCUCACUCCACAUUUCACCUACAAGAGAAAGAUAGAAGAUGUGGCUAUUGGAUAUAAUCAUAUUGAUCCUACAAAGGGCACCAUCGAUAUUGACCAUUGUCCCAUUGCUACUCGCUCGAUAAAUCAAGAGUUGGUAAAGUUGAGGAGUUCGACUCUCGAGGGUAUGGCUUCAAGACAACCCAAACACAGUCAAUCAACGUUAGUAUUGAGGGAAAGUAUAAGAAUCAACUUCAAGACUGGAGAUCACAACACUGUUUGCCUAACUGAUCCCAAUAAGGUUGUCACAGAAAAGGUUGGUGAUUUUGUGUUUCAGUUCCCGGUAAACGAAUUCUUCCAAAACAACAAUUCCAUUCUUCCACUCGUUUUGGAAUACAUAAAGUACCACUUUGAAGGCUUGGAAUUCAAAAACCUUAUAGAUACGUACUGUGGGUCUGGAUUUUUCGGUAUAUCAUUGUCGAAAGAAGUUCCUGAUGAUGGAAAGGUGUAUGGAGUAGAGCUUGCAAAGAAAUCAAUUGAAUACGCUACACACAACGCCAAAAUAAAUGGCCUUAAAGUUCCAGAAAAAGUGUACUUCAUUCAUGGAAGUGCCGAUGAGAUUUUUACAAAUAAAGUGCUCAAAAAGGCCAAUAUUAUAGGUUCUGAUUCCGUUGUUAUCAUGGAUCCAUCCAGAAAAGGAUCAAAUAAGGACUUUUUAGAGCAGUUGUUUGCAUUUCGGCCAAAAUUAAUUGUUUAUAUUAGUUGCAAUGUCUUCACUCAGGCGAGAGAUUUAUCUCAGUUUAUGGAACUACAAGGUGAAACCCCAGCAUACAGAAUAAAAGACGUAACAGGCUUCGACUUUUUCCCCCAAACAAAGCAUGUCGAAUCUGUAGCUAUCUUGGAAUUAUUAUAAUGCAAAAAUAUUAUUUAUAUAUACAUGUGCAUAUUAAUUAAUCCUGGGCAUUCAAUAAAAGCUCAUCUAUUAUAUCAAACAUAGCAUUGGAUCCCCAUUCAACUCUCUUUUUUUGUCUCUUCCCGUCAACAAAAUUACUUUUCAACGUCUUUUCUUGAACAAAGUAUUGUAAUCCUCUCAACAAAGCUGUUUGUUCUUUGGCUUUCAUUAUUCUCUCGAUCAAUAAUUGAUCUGAAAACUUCAAAUCAGCAGUUUUGACCUUACUGCCAAUCCCAGUUCCAACAACAUUAAUUUGAGAUUUUUUACCCACUUGAUCAAGGAAGGUAACCAAGACAAUUUCAAGCAAUAACUUUGUGUCAUUAGUUGCAACCAAGAAGUUCACAUUCUUCAAAGAGUGCAACGGGAGUGAACCUUCAGCAAUUAAGAAGCCGAAGAAUCUACCUAAAUUGUAGAUUCGCUUUAACUUGGAUUCUUCACUCUCGUCAUCGAAUCCUAUAAACUCGUCCUCGCUUUCGUCUUCAUUAUUCGCCUUUUCAAACUCCUUCAAAACAUCCCAAAACAUAAAUUGGAAUGUUUUUCUAUAAGAAUGACUCUCUGAAAGCUUGCUAGCCAACAAACCAUAGUAAGGAUUCCAACUUUGCUCCAUACAAACACUGUGUAUCAAUAUCCUAGGGAUUUCUCUCUCUUGGGCUUUUUUCAAUUGUAAUUUGUCUAAACGAGUUAAAGCAUCAACAUAAUCUUCAGCUGACAUAAUGGUUAUAAAAAUCGCUCUCCGGAUAUCGGUAUUCAUUCUUUGUUCUUUGGCAAUUCUCAUCCAGUUAGUUUCGGCUCCAUCCAAAACCUCGCUUAAAGCUUUUGAGUCGAAGCCUUCAGUGGCAGUGGCAUCAUUUCCCUUCCAAGCAGAACCUAUAA